CUAGAUCACAACAUGAAUUUUGAUGUACAGCUGGCUUGGCAACCAUAAAUAAAAUACAUCGUCACAACUAUUUUUGCCAAAACUUGACUUGAAUUUGCGAAAACCGCAUUAUUCAACUUGCACGUAAACAGGUGAUAGGCCUAUGACCUACCAUCGAACGUAACAUAGACUUUAUUCUGUUAAGGUUAUUAUUUUGAACAAAAUGAAAGUGGACUUUUCAUUCAAACUUUUAAAGUGAAAGUGUAACCAAGAUAUAGUAAUCCAGACGCUGGAUUAAUAACAAACGUCUUCGAAAAUUUACUUUUGGAGAUAAGUCUAUUAGACAAUUGACUCUCUUUCACAAUGGUACAAUGAGUAGAUCUGUUGAUAUGCGAGACAGUGAAGGCGAAGAACGUGUAAAAGGAAAGGAAUGGAGGAACUCGAUGGUGAGAUCAGUCAGUGUAAAUCCUGGUGCUUCUAUUCAGGAAAAACUGGAUGCACUCUUCUCUGCUGUGAAAUGGCGUUGCCAUGGUAUCAUUAAAGAAACUCUCAAUAAAUACCCAGAACUCAUGAGCGAGUCUGACGAGUAUGGUAAUACUAUCUUGCAUCACCUAGUCAAAUGUCAAUAUGAGGAACUAUUCCGCAUGAAAGGUAUUAGCGCCUGGAAACCGACUAUUAACACUAAAAAUAGAUAUGGGGAAACGCCGGUUUUGAUUUCUGCACGGACAUCAUCCAACGCCACCAUAUUAGGGCAUCUUAUUGUGUCAGGUUGCGAUAUCAACGCCAGUGACGUAUUCGGAUUUACUCCAUUGCACUUUUAUUGCAAAGUGGGCGACCUGGUGUGUUCUACAUUGUCAGUGAACGCAGAGGGAUGUUACAUCGACAUAAUGUCCGUCAAUGGCAUAACUCCACUCAUGAUGGCCACUGAGAAUACUCACAUGGGCGUCAUGCGGAUGCUUCUAGAACACGGCGCCGAUUGUCUCUAUACUAGGAGCGGUAACAUCCAUUCGUCGUGUAAUCUGAACAGUAAGCCGUACCCCUUAAGUGCAAUAGAAUACGCGGUGUUAUGUGAUGUACCUGAUGUGUUAACGCUUAUCCUAUCGGGAAUAAUGUCUCAACUUCAAUAUCUCUGCUCCAGAUCGGGGCAAAAUAUAGACAUGACACUUCUUGAUGAAAUAGAAAACGAUACUGAGACAAUCAACUAUGUUGUCAGAGCACCGAUGCAUACGUUCCUCAAUAUCAAAGAGGUGAACAAAUCAUACGUUAUACGUCAUUUUAACGUUGCCGUUUCAUCGAUUGAGCGUGCAUUGACACUGGCGAGAUCAGGUAGACGGCAAGUGUCAAGUGACCAACUGCACGCCAUAUUGUAUACGAUACAAAAAUGCCUCCAGAAUUACGAAACGUAUGAUGAUAGUACAAUAGGAAGCGAUGUGCCUUUUGAUAUUGGACACAUGGCUGGAGACUUUGACGUAGAUAAGGUGCCGGGAUACACUGUAUUUGAACAGUUUAUGUUGUAUAUGUUCCCUCAUGUUCAAACUCAACCCCCGGGGGUCAAUAACGGUGAGUUGACAGCUGAGGGAACCACUACUGAAACAAAACAUGGUGAACCCCAGUCCAGUCCUCGAGUGACAGGUGCAGUAUUUAGUUUCGAUGAUUUUGACCAGAUUCUCUCAUCCCCUUUAAAACUAGAGCAUGUCCAAAGCGUUUCAUGCUUGGUGAAAGACAACGAAACAAUGUAUAAUGUUGACAUAUCAGAUGUAUUAUUUGGAUUGAGUCUUGAGGCGUUCAUAGAGUCGCAAAAAGACCACCUCAACAAACUUGACGAUAGUGGACAUACACCAGUGCUAAACCUUAUCAAAGCAGCGCAUCUUUGGGCUUCGGAUUGCGAGCCGGGAGAUCGGGAAGAUUCCAUUAACCAAAAAUGGAUAAAUAAGUGCAUGUGUUUAUUCCUAAAAUAUGGCGCAUCACUUGACAUAAUGGCUCCCAAGGGAAAACAUGCAUUGACGUACUGCGUGGAAUAUGGUGAGCAUAGCCUGUUGGAAAUACUACUUAGUGGCGACGUUGAUGUGAAUGCUACGCAAGACGAGCAAGGUGUUACGACACUUCACGAUGCAGUUAGAGCUGGUGAUCUCUUCGCUGUAGAAAUGCUGAUAAACGCAGGAGCUGACGUCAAUAUUGCAACCAACCUCCAGAUCGAAUAUUCCAAACGCUUCAACAUUCCAGAAUAUCAAUACCAAUCCAAAGAAGUGGUGUCAAAAUUUCAUAAUUAUGGCGAUGGCCCGUUGCACUCUGCUGUAAAACGUAAUAACCUUGAACUUAUAAGAACUCUGCUGAAAGACCAUUCUAUAAACAUGAACAUACGUAACAAAAGUGGCAUCACACCUGCUAUAAUCGCCACUAUCACUGACAAUGUGACAAUUUUGAAUCUGUUGAUAGAAGAACGCGCCGAUGUGAACAUCGCAGAUAACACAGGGUGGACACCGCUCCACCACGCAUCAUGCUCGGAAAACAAACGGAUAAUAAGAGUUCUUCUGCUAGCAGGCGCCAACAGACACGCCACUGACAAGCAUGGAAGAACGCCCGUUCAAGUGGGCAAUGGAUUCUCAUCUGAGAAGAUCCUGUGUGAGAUAGGUGAGGGGCUAGAGAGUUUACAGGACUGGGCAAGGUGGACAAUAAGGAAUAGGCUUGGAGCGUCACAUCCAAGAGGACACGUAACUGCAAAUAGCGCUCAUGCAUUACCCAUACCAAACAAACUGAAAUAUUUGAUCACUGAACUCGGUUUGUGAAAAGAUGGAGACAAAAUACGUUAUGUAGAAUAUUGAAAAUUGCCAAAUAAACUUAUAACCAACUUAACUUUUAAAGGUUGUUAGUACGAAAAAAUCAUGACUGAUCGAGGCAUUAAAUUACAAGAGGCCAUAAGGUCACUGCACGUAAAACAGUACUAU